AUGAGGCGAUCCCGCAGGACUUUCUUCUUCUUUGGCGACUCUAGUGAGGAGCAGUCGAAGAAGAAAGAGAAAUUUGCUCUCUCCAGAGCCUCUUCUUCCUCCCUUGCGCCUGCGUAUCGAGACAUUCCGCCGCAUGCGUCGCUCCAGGGUGUACGAACCGCCGGCGAGCAGCGAAAUGCGCGCCUUUCUUCCAGACUGAAGUUGUGGGGGAUACCUGCUCAGCGAACAGAGACAGAGUGGCCAGCGGGGGCGGCGCCGCCUCCGGGCAUUCGAGCGCCUCGCUGGACUGUCGACACAGAUGGAAAUUUCAAGAUUUUGGAGCAACACGGGCCCCCGCAGGAUGAGCGUUUGGUCGGGUGGGAAGACGUUUUGAUGGAAGAGCAGCGGUCGUGGAACGCGACGGGGAAGACAGAAGCGCAAAUUUUGAGGGGGGAGAAGACUCUGACUUACGCAGAAAAGUUUCAACAGAGGAUCUUCGAAGCGCGAAAAAUCCCUCACUUCCAGUUUGUGCAUCACCAGCCGCGUGGCCGGCCUGCUCUGUGGAUUGUCAGACCGAAACAAGGAGCGUAUUGCGAGUUGAUGAAAGACGACAACCCGCGUGUCCACGCGCUGGUUUCUCGUAUUCGGAGUCGGUACGACCGGAAUGCGCUGGAUAUCUACAACAUCACUCUAACUGCGGAUAUGCCUCUCUGCGAGGUCUUUUUCGUUGGGCCGAUUCCUGAGCUGGGACGCAUUUUCUACGCCAGAGGAGGAACUCUUCAGUAUCGUGUGCGCCCUCGGUUCCGCACGCGUUGUCCCACACUGGCCAAGGACGAGAGACUCGUGCAAAAAUACGGCGGAGACGGAUGCCCCGGUCUCUUUCCCGAAUGGGACGAGGACGGCAUCAUGGAGGAACUCGACGAAUGCCUCAAUCAGCCUCCACCCGAGUCGGAGUGCUACCCGGCAAAUCUGGAAUGGGACAACCUCGCUGCCUUUACACCCGAGAACGUGGAGGAAAGGCCCUACUGGUACACGCACGUGCACUGGCCGACGCGCGUCGCGGUCCAGCGCGCCUUCGAGGCCGGCAUUGCAGAUUUUCGCGACGUCAUUGAAAAGGAAUACGAGCAGCUGAUCGCGGAAGAUCGACAAAGAGCGAGACAGCUACAGUAUCAGCAAGAACACGACGACCGCGUCCGACGAGGAGACAGCAACUUCGCCAACUAG